CUUUAAAUAUUAUCUAAGUACUGGCUACAAUCAUUGGUGUUUGCAAUGAGCGACACCAAAUCAUCUCGUUCUACCUCAUCACAAAUUUCACUGCUGGCCAACAAACCAGCCAAUUUGCAAUGUAAAGAUUUCCAGGAGUACUUAAGAACACGUUCUGCCGAUACUUUGGAAAGGCUUUACAACUAUCCCACCAUAUGCCUAGCUGUUUAUAGAGAAUUACCGGAAAUUGCUCGGCAAUUUAUAAUACGCAUAUUAUUUGCCGAACAACCUGUACCUCAGGCUGUGGUGGCCUCUUGGGGUUCCCAACAUUAUGCCAAAGAACAACAAGUUUCAACUAACACUUUGACAGAGCUAAAUGUUUGGCGCACCACCGCCAUACCCGGUGGCUUGUCCGCCUGGGAAUUGUGUCCCACCUUCAAAAAGAAUCUUAAGAUCGCUUUGUUAGGUGGCGGCAAACCUUGGUCAAUGUCUCAUACUUUGGAAAAGGAUUCCAAGCCCCGAGAUAUUGCUUUCUUGGACCAAUAUGCCAUGUCUAGAUGGCGUUGUGUUCUUCACUAUAUGGUGGGCACUGGCGGUUCAAGUAAAAGUCAAGAAAGUGAGGUCAUUAGCCCAGAUGCUGUAAGAAUUCUAUUACAUGCCAAUCUUAUGAAGCGAGAGGAUUCUGUUAUAACCAUAACACGCCAAGGUUUUCAGUUUCUUUUGUUGGAUACCCAGUCACAAGUGUGGCACUUUAUGCUGCAGUAUUUAGACACUUGUGAAGAGAGAGGUCUUUCUUUGCCCGAGUGUUUGAGUAUGUUAUUUCAACUUAGUUUCUCCACCUUGGGCAGAGACUACAGUUCCGAAGGCAUGAGUCCCAAAAUGUUGACAUUUCUGCAGCACUUAAGAGAAUUCGGUUUGGUCUUUCAGCGUAAGCGUAAAGAAGGUCGAUUUUAUCCCACCCGUUUGGCCUUAAAUGUUACCAAUAAAGCCGCCACCGUUCCCGCAGUCGUGUUGGAAGAGGAAAAGUCUCAGGAAAGUGGCUAUAUAAUAGUAGAAACGAAUUAUCGUGCCUAUGCUUACACCGAUUCACCAUUACAAGUAGCUGUUUUGGGUUUAUUUACAGAACUGCUGUAUCGUUUUCCCAAUCUGGUGGUGGGUGUGUUAACCCGCGACUCGGUACGUCAAGCUUUAAGAGGUGGUAUUACGGCCGAUCAAAUUAUUAGCUAUUUAGAACAAUACUCUCAUCCCAAUAUGAAGCUAACCGAAUCGGCUAUUAAAUCAAAAUCACCUUUGCCGCCAACUGUAGUGGAUCAAAUCAAGUUGUGGGAAUUGGAGCGUAAUCGUUUCACCUAUACCGAGGGAGUGGUAUACAAUCAAUUUUUAUCGCAGGCCGAUUUUGUUACUCUGCGCGACUAUGCCCAGUCGAUUAGUGUGCUGGUGUGGCAAAAUGAACGGACACGUACUAUGGUGGUUACGAAAAAUGGUCAUGAUGAUGUUAAGAAAUAUUGGAAAAGAUAUUCGAAGAGUGGUGGUUAAUAAAACGCUGGGAAUACAAUGUUAUUCGAUAAUGUUAAGUGUUAGAUUUAAAA